AUGGCAUUAAGAAGUAGUUAUCACUUCCCUCAAGAACUUAUCUUUGAAAUACUUUCAUAUUUACCUGUGAAAUCACUGCUCCGGUUCUGUUCAGUUUGCAAGUCAUGGCUAUCCAUAAUAUCGGACCAACAAUUUAUCGAUACUCACCUCACCAAUUCUCAGAAAAAACCAGCCACCCUAGUCCUUGAUAAUGAUUUUGACAAUGUCUAUGUCGAUACUCGUGAAGAAUCUGUCAGGCUCCAUGUUCCACCACAACGCAAUGGUAGGGCUCGUUGGAUGUGUUCUUGUAAUGGUAUUGUUUGUCUUACGGAACAGUAUGGUAAUGUUAUGUACUUAUGGAAUCCGUGGACCAAUCAUCAGUUGAGUAAACUUUGCUCCCCGAAAGGACGAGGAGAUUGGGAUGAAAGUGCUUUCAUGUUUGUUUAUGAUUCUACUUGUAAUGACUACAAGCUUCUUAGGCUUACAUUUUGUGUGUUACAUACAUAUUAUUAUCCUCCUGAUAGGGAUUACAUUGCUAAUGGCCUAGUAGCAGAUUUGUAUUCUUCGAAAAAUGGAAAUUUUAAGGAGAUCAAUGUUCCUGACAACGUAAAGAAUAUAGAGGUUCGCACAAAUUCAAAAUGUUUUCAUGAUCUCAAAACCGGGGUAUUAUAUUUUGAAGGUUCUGCUGCAAUGGUCUUUGAGGCCGUCGAUGGAUCAGUUCUGAGUCUAUGGACGUUGGAUGAUGUUUGUGACGACAAAGUGGCUUGGACUAAGAAGUUCAAUAUUGAGGCUGAUGUGAAGAUAAAUUGUGUAUUUCUUCAUUUGGGUGUUGGGCAAUUUGUAGCAAAAAAUGAUGAUGGACACAUCUUUUAUGACUAUAAAAAGAAAGAUGUCAAGAAGCUUCUUUCACCCGCUCCUGUUGGACAGUUCAAUUCAGUUGUCAAGUACACCGAGAGCCUUGUUUCACUCGAAGUAUUUCAAGGAUUUGAGCUUCUAACAUAA